AUGGUGCAGGUCCAGGACCCCGCGGACAAGGUGGUCCCCCCCGCCGGGGUGCUCAGCUGCGUGCCGCACCCGGGGCUGCCGGGGGGGGCGGUCAUACUGCUGGGUUCCCGGUUGGGUACGGCAGCGGUGCUGGAGUCCCCCGGCCGUACGGCACCCGUGCUGCUGACACGCGGCAAGGUGCCGGGCUGGUCGGCGGUGGUGGGCAUGGGCGUGUGUCGGACCAGCGGCACGGUGCUGGCAUUCGGCCAGGCGGAGGGCGGCGGGGGUGGGCGGCUGCGCAGCGCCUGCUGGCGUCUGUCGUACCGGGCGGGGGCGGGGGGGCUGGCGCUCAGGCAGACCAGGCUGGAGCCGCAGGACCUCACGCCCCUGCUGGACAGCCACCGCCGCACCCGCUCAGCCCUCGCAGCGGCCAUGACCGCGGGCGCAGCCACCGCCGCCGCCGCCGCCCUCCCCACCGCCUCUGCCGCAGCCGAGUCGGCAGCAGCUGCAGGGGGGCCCCGCAACCUGACAUCCGGCGGGGCUGCCUCGGCGGCGGCAGUAGCCAACGGUGGGGCCUCCAACGGGACCUCCGCCGCCGGCCCCGCCAGCGGUCCCCCCUCCUCCUCUUCCUCGUGGCUGGGGCUGUGGAGCAGCAGCCCCGCUUGGGUGCACGAGGCGACCCCGACAUGCCUGCUGGACCCCCAGCUGUCCCCCCCGGUGGGCCGUGUGGCGGUGCACCCGGCUCUGGGGCUGGUGGCGGUGGCGGGGGAGGCGCCCCCCGCAGCCCGGGUCCACCGGGAGGUGCAGAUGGCAGGCAGGGGCGCACUGGCGGGGGAGGAGGCGGCACUCGCCAGGCGCGGCGGCUGCAUGUCGCUGCUGCUGGUGUCCAACCUGGAGGCGCAUGGCUGCCGCCGGAGCUGA